AUGGCAUCAACCGGCUUGGACUAUUCAGGCAGUGCUGUUCCCGUCAAGGACGCCGAAAAGGCCACCGCCGAGAGGCCGUCGUCGGACAAUGCGUCGAUCCAGAGCAUCUCCCGCGAUCACACCCACCGGAAGCUCAAGUCGCGCCACAUUCAGCUGAUCGGCAUCGGAGGAACCAUCGGAACGGCUCUGUACGUCCAGAUCGGCAAGGGGCUCCUCAACGGCGGGCCGGCGAGCCUGUUCCUUGCAUUCACAUUAUGGUGCUCCGUCAUCCUGGCCGUGACGCUGUGCAUGGCCGAGAUGGUGACCUACCUGCCCAUCUCGUCGCCCUUCAUCCGCUUCGCCGGCCGCUACGUCGACGAGGCCUUUGGGUUCGCCGCCGGCUGGAACUUCUUCAUCUUCGAGGCCGCCAUGGUGCCCUUUGAGAUCACGGCCUGCAACGUCAUCAUCCACUACUGGAGCGACGUCGUGCCCGCCGGCGGCAUCAUCGCCAUCACCAUGGUCCUGUACGGCAUCAUCAACAUCCUGGCCGUGCAGUGGUACGGCGAGGUCGAGUUCUGGGCCGCCCUGGGCAAGGUGCUCCUCAUUGUCGGCCUACUCGUCUUCACCUUCAUCGUCAUGCUGGGCGGCAACCCGCUUCACGACCGAUUCGGCUUCCGUUUCUGGUAUGAACCGGGCGCCUUCGCCGAGCUGUACCACUCUGGCGACCUCGGCCGCUUCCUCGGCUUCCUGCAGUGCCUCAUCCAGGCCUCCUUCACCAUCGCCGGGCCCGACUACGUCUCCAUGGCCGCCGGCGAGGCCGAGAACCCGCGUGUCGUCAUGCCACGCGCCUUCAACGCCGUCUUCUACCGCCUGACGACGUUUUUUGUGCUCGGGUCACUGGCCGUCGGCAUCCUGGUGCCGCACAACGACGAGGAGAUGAAGACGGCCUUCAGCACGGGCGCCCCGGGCGCCGCCGCCAGCCCCUACGUGGUGGCCAUGAACCGCCUACAGAUCCGCGUGCUGCCGGACAUUGUCAACGCCAUGGUGCUGACGGCCGCGUUCUCGGCCGGCAACAGCUAUGUCUACUGCGCUUCGCGGUCCCUGUACGGGCUGGCGCUCGAGGGCAAGGCCCCGGCCUUGUUUACCCGCUGCAAUGGCAAGGGUGUGCCAAUCUACUGCGUGCUCACGGUACUCGCCAUUGCCCUGCUGGCCUUUCUGCAGGUCUCCAACAGUGCUGCCGUGGUGCUGCAGUGGUUUGUCAACCUGGUAACGGCCAGCCAGCUGAUCAACUUUAGCGUCAUGUGCCUGACCUACAUCCGCUUUCACGCCGCUCUCAAGACGCAGGGGAUCGCACGUGAGACGCUGCCCUACAGGGCUCGGCUGCAGCCGUACGCGGCCUGGUAUGGCCUGAUUGCGUGCUCCGUCAUGGCCUUUGUGGGCGGUUAUACCGUCUUCCUGCCGGGACACUGGGACGUGCCGAGUUUCCUCUCCUCGUAUUGCAUGAUCGGCAUUUGCCCUGUCCUCUACGUCGGAUGGAAAAUCGGCAAAAGGACCAAGAUGUACCGGGCCACCGAGGUCGACUUGGUCAAGAAUCUCGACGAGAUUGACGAGUACGAGCGCACCUAUGUGCCAACGCCGCCAAGCAACGCGUUCGACAGACUGUUGGACUAUGUCUUUGGAUAA